CGAUAUCCGUGUGCAUUCAUGUAAUAUUCACGUUUUGUUGAAGAAGAGCAUUUUUUAUCUCGAAAAUGGACAAACAGGAUUGUAAGUAUGGUGCGGAUUGCUAUCAGAAAAAUCCAGCUCACAAGGAAAAAUAUCGGCAUCCAUCGAAAGCGGCAGCAGCCGAGGAGCACAGUCCCGUUAAAGCCAAGUCUCCAUUAAAAGCAGAUAAACCUUCGCCAUCAUCGUCAUCGAAGCGUUCCGAUCCGAUGGAUCCGACCGAUGCUUUGGAAGAUGUGAAAAAGUGCAAACGUCCACCGACACCGGAAAAGGACGAAGGCAAUGCGGAGGAGACCGACAAGGGUAACGAGUAUUAUGGGAUGACCCGACAGCGAUACACCCUGCCGGAAGUUCCGAUGGACGUUGGACUGAUGAGUGACAUCUACGAUCCGCAGAUCGAGUUCUCCAAGAAGGAAGAGUACAAGGAACUGUGCGGCGAUCCGAAGCUGUUUAUCAAACACAAAUUCCUUGUCGAUAUGCCGAGCUGUUUCGAUUCAAUGUGGGAGUUUUGCCGGUCCAAGAAUGAGGCAAAACCUUUGGAGGGUUUUGAGAAGCUUGGACUCCGGUUGGUCGGUCCGUUCGAUGUGCUGGCAAUGAAGUUUAAAAAUGCCAAAAUGCACGAACCUGGAGAUUACUUGCGGCAUUGGAGAUUCUACUACGAUCCACCGGAGUUCCAAACGAUUCUGGUUAAGAAAGAUUCCGGCCUGCACUAUGGCUAUUGGAGAGAUCAACCGGACGAUACCAUCGGACUGGUUGCUGUGAACGAUGUCAACAAAGGCUGCGAGUUCAAGAUGGUCGGCGAAAAUGUGUUCGAUGCUGUAAUGCACUUCCUAGAGCACGAAGUCACUGCAACUCCCUUCAACAAGGUCCAGAUAUCAUCGAUGAAAAAAUCUCUGGAAGAGUGGGCCAAAAGCCACAACAUCCAACUGAAGGGCACCGAGAAGCAGAAAGCCCGUGGGAAGGCAAUCGUUUGCAAAACGUUCCACAAAGCCGGCAUCGUGGUUCCGUUUGAACGCAAAAAGGAACUCGGCUAUCGAGAAUUGCUGGAAACCGAUACCAAUCUAAAGAAGAUUCUUUCGAGAUUCGAUAAGCUGGACAACGCUGCCAAUAAGGUCGAAUUCGAUGCCGCAAUGUCCCAGCUGCAACCGGUCAUAACGGGAGCCUUCAUUGCCGUCGAUGAGUGCGACUUUGGAACGCCACUGGAACUGGCAAUCGAUUUGUUCUGUCACGGAACGAAAAAUCUACACGAUGUUAUGAAGCCGCUGUUCGUGACGGCCUAUUCGAUGCUGCAGCGGCCGCAGUAUAUUGCUAUAAUAAAGUCACAUCUAGAAGAUCGUCGCAAGGGAGUUAAUUUAGAUUUGCUUGCCAAGUGAACACCUCAAACAUCAUUUUAUUAUUUUUCAAAUCAUUUUCAGUUCCAUUCAUUGGCGUAACUAGGUUUAAGUGUAGUCCCCUCUAGAAUUGUUAAUGCAAUUACUCAUUUUCCUUACACAUCAAUAUUGUUCGCUGUUUGACAAGUAAUUAUAAAUUUAGCCAUCUCUAUAACCUUUCCUCAGUUACGCCAAUGGUUCCAUUUAUCAA